AAAAGAUAUGAGUCUGUCAAAAUGUGUUAUUUUACAUAACGUUUGCUAUUAGUUAAUUUUUCUUGUAAUCAACAUGGGUGUAAUAUUAUCAAUAUUAGGUCUAGUUGAACCAAAACUUUCGUUAAGGCCCCAAAAAGUGGUAGUAGGAACUGUAUAUGGUGUUCAACUUACUUUAGCCUAUCUGCUUAAUUUGCUCGUAAGCAGUUUUGCUGUAUUGAUGAUUGUUCUCUUGGAGUUUGGUACAAUUCCUGCAGUACAACAAGGUUUUUAUUGUGGAGAUCCUCUUAUAUCACAUAAAUAUACCGGUGAUACAAUUCACCCAGUCACAUUAGGAUUAACAGCUCCUGCUCUAGUGAUAGUGAUGGUAUUGGUUACAGAACUGCUGGCCCAUCAGUCAUUUAGGCAAAUCAACUGGCAUGCUGUAGUAUUCUACGUUAGUGAGGCUACAGUAGGUGCGACAUUAACUUUAUUGGUUACGUCAAUAGGAAAAGUAUUAGUUGGUGAACACAGACCCCAUUUUUUGACUACCUGUCAGCCGGACACUGCGGAGAACUGUUCUAUCGGCACGUUCAUAGAAACUUUUACCUGUAAGUCAACAGAAUUUGCACCUUCAUUUUUGGUUGACUCCUCCUUGUCAUUCCCAUCAGGACACUCUUCAAUUGCCUGGUAUAUUGGAAUAUUCUCAGCAUAUGUAGUUCACGUAAGAAUGACCACUGUUAACUCUGGUUAUAUCAUGCGACCAUUCUUAAUUUCUUUUUGUCUUACCUGGUCCAUGGUGUGCUCAUUGUCAAGAAUCACCGACAGAAGACAUCAUUGGUGGGACGUAUUGGCAGGUACCGUGCUUGGAAUUGUGUUUGCGGCAUAUACUAUAAAAGUAAUGCAUGAAAAAAUUAAAGAAAACAAUGUCCCUAUUUGCAGUAUAUGUUUGGAACGGGAAGUGCCAUUUAGUGGUAAUGGGGUUAACAGCCGAACUAAUGUAGGUUUUGAACUCUAAACAAUAAUUUCUUGUUAUUGUAGUUAUUUAUUUAUAUGUAUUUUAUGGAAUAUAAUAUUUUAAUUUUUUUA